GCCUUUCGUUGGCCAUGCGACCGCUAUGUCUCGUGUGAGCUGGUUCCUCACUUUUCUCGUGGUGCUCCGUGGCUCUGCACAGGCACCCGAGGCACCCGACUGCGAAAGAUUCGGGCAUCACGUGGCCGCCAUCGCAGAUGGAGGGAUCCACAACUUCCAUCAGCUGAACGCACUGCAGUCACUGCAGAAGCUCAUCGAAUUGCCAUCUCUUCGACACUGUUCUUGGAGAGCAAUGGCAGCCAAGAUGCUCUCAGAUUACAUAGGCUAUGGACUUGUGCAAGAUGGCAACAGUGGGGUCGCCAUGGAUUCUGAGAUGUUGGCCAGGUUCUGGGACCUCAGAGUACUUGCAGAUGGCCUUAGCGGCGUCAACAAGAGCUGGGUCCGCUGGGUGGAUUUGUGGUUGGAUGAGACAAAGAACAAACACAACAAGACAACCUUGGAAUGGGAGAUCCAUGUUCUCACAAAGAAGUUCUGGGCCAUGACAACAAAUGACGAAAAGGAUUUUAAGGAUGUGGUGAAGAAUUUGGAGGAUUAUGCCCCGAUUGCACCAGCCGGAUCUCAAGCACAAGUGGUAUGCGUUCAUGGAGUAACCCAUUUGGCCAAAGAAUCUUUGGUGUUUUCCCACUUCACCUGGGGCCACGUUUAUCCUGUGGCUGUUGCGGUGGCAAAGGCCGGUUUUCUCCACAGGGGCACAAAGCUCGUGUUUGACGCGCAGCCGUUUUUACGUCCUCGGGUGACCUGGCUCGCAUUCUACGGCUUGUUCUUCGAUGAGAUACCAAAGUUUGAUCCCUUCUGCCAAGGGGCAACAGCACAAGUUGACCUGGACGAAGCUGUCCCACUGAUGACUCAAUACACAGCUGAGAAUUUCAAAAACAACCACACCUUGUCUGAUCAAAACACGUGGGAACGAAAUUUUGAGCUUUGCACCUGGAGGCCAAAGAUUUUCAAAGCGAUGGCUGCACGCUUCAACUUUCCAUUCCACCAUGGUCGCGUCAACAACAACAACGUCAAUGUCGUAUAUCUUCGCAGAGGGGUGAUUGGUGCUGUGGGCAGAGUCGGAGAAACCCGUUUAAACAGGAAUCUCCUGAACGAUGGCGAUGUUGCUCAGGCUUUCAUGACGUUGGAAGGCCCUCACAACGCCUUGGAUGCGGUGCAUGUUGUGCAUGUGCAGGCGGUCACCACUGAUUCACCUUGGUUCCAACAAGUGAAACUGGCGAUGUCAACGAACAUCAUGGUGUCGUUGCACGGCUCUGCUCUAGGUUCAAUUGAGAUUUGGAUGCCAAGUGGUUCUAUCCUGAUUUCGGUGUUUACACCCCUUACUUGUCAGUGCCGAUUUGCAUAUUGUGCCUCAGCAAGCGAAGAACGGUCCUUUUUGUAUGUUGCGGCAACAACAGCAGAAGCAAACUGCCAGCAAGGUGGUCCAUGGCUUGACAAUGGCAAGAAAGGAGCUUGGGUUCCCCCUGAAUUGCAUUCACCAAGGGUGGUGAAAGAAGUAGUCGCUUUACAGGACCGAGUUGGCUAUUCUCGACACUUCAACUACACCAGUGUACUGCAAGGGCUUCGUGCAACUCUUGCUGCUCUUGGAGGUGAAGAACUCAGCAGCAAGUUUGUGAAAUGGGCGUUGCAAGAAGGUCACCACUUCGCUCAGUUGGUCUGUGGCAAAAUGGCACUUCAAAUCAUCGACGAUGCUGUUCCCCCGAUUCCCAUCACAGAUAGAUCAGAUACAGACGAUGGGCACAGAAAGACACAGAGAGCAAAUAUGCUGGAGACUCACCGACGCGUCCCCUCAAAUGACAUACCUUCAAACGGGAGGGCGGAGCAUGAGGAGCAAGAGGAGCGUGAACAGAGAUUCUACGUCAAGUGCAUGGAUUCCUUCGCAGACGAAAUGGUUCGGCUCCGUUUCAAAGUGUUGGAUGCAGCCCUGGUUAGUGCAGAAGCAGACCGAGCAGAUCUGGGACGGAGUGAUUUGAACAGUGCAGGUGUGUUCUUUCUACAAGCGCAUCCUACACGAGCUCACCCUUGGGCAACUGCAUAUCGUGACAGCAUCGGUUUUGACAAAGUCAUUGUGAUUUGGUUUCCACGAGCGUGCUUCGAGCUCUUGAAAGCUGAAACAAAUUCUGCUGUGUUUGCUGAGAUCGUUCGUUAUAGUUUUUACAUGGUAAGCUUGGUGUUAGUGAUGGAACAGCAGAAUGUGACUCUUGUGAUGCCUAGCCAUAAAGAAAUCAUGGAGGGAGACCCAAUUGAUAUCAGUCUGAUAGAUUUUUACUUGAUGGAAACUAUUGCUUUAGACACAGACAUCUCAGACCAUGAUGUGGAGCUGGCUGAUGCCAAUGAAGCUAUAAAAGCCUCGGGUGCUUUGGUUGACGGCUUUUUGCGCAAUUUGGCCAACAAAUCACGAGAUUGUCAUCAGUGCAAGGGAUGCAAUGUUCGUGAACUUCGGCUGAUUGACUCGAUACUUGGUGAGGGCCUCCUGGACGGCGCUGAAGCCAAUAAAGUCGAUAAAGUCGAUAAAGUAGAUGAGGUCCUGAUUUCAGAGUUCCGGAGCAGCAUAUUGUCUCUCGCCAAAGAGAGACUGAUUGCCACAGCGUACCUGCCAUGGAGAUCCACUGAACUAGAUACAUCAGCUCGGCGAGCUGUGCACUUGCAGAAUGUGAUUGCAGAUAUGUCCAAAGCAUUGAAAGCUGUGCAAUGGCGUGUUGAAAAUGUCGCUUCAAUCGACUGUGGGAAGCCGCAGGAGCGUUCUCAUUCCCAGCGCUCCCAGGUCGAGGAGCUAUUCCGAGACGGAGCUGAAGGUGCAGAUCAUUUUUGCCGCCCAGUCCAAGCAAGCAAACUGCGCAAACCACUUGGUGUUUAUCGAUUCCGAAAUGUUUGUAUCACAGAUUUGGCUGACAAGACGGACUUUGGCCAUUCUGAUAGCUGGCAGCAGACUGGUCGCCGAUUGGAGCUUGUAACAUUUGGCCUUGGUACCAAUGGCACCAAGCUUGUCUUGCCGCCUGAUGGACGAUUUGUGGCAACUCACUAUGACUUCGCGGAAGCAGAAACGGAACGGAUCAGAAGGAAUGCGAGUUAUUUGCAAGGCACUUCCUUAUUCUGGUACGAUGGCCACAUUGCUUCUUUGAGAUGCCCAGACUGUUCCAACAUCGACCAUCAUGUUCAAGAUGAUGCAAUUCUUGAUUGGAUCACAGCAUAUUUUGGGGUUUCAAAUGUGACACAAAUUGUGUUCAACAAUCAUGCCUCGGAUGGUCACUUGAAGCCAAGAAAGUGGUUUGCUCAGGUCGCUGCUUUGGUUGCUUCAGCCAUAAAAGCACCAUUUCAUUAUAUGCAGAAAGCUGAGACCCUGUGCUUUGAUGACGUUGUUUUGAAUUUUUGGGUUCGCAACUCCAACUGUUAUGAUUGCUGGAUGUACCGAGACAACAUUCUCUUUCCAGGGUUUUCACUUCGACCGGUUCUGCGCUGGGUGAGAGACGCAAUUUGGCGAGCUCAUGGAAGCCCACCGAUGAAUCUCUCCAAGAUCAUUGCUUACGGGCGGCAAUCUGAAGUCAGCCGAAAGCCUCGAACUUGGCGAAACUUCAACAAAGUCCUUCGACUCACAAAUGCUACGUUGAUCGACUUCAGAAAGAUGUCAUUGCGAGAGGAGGUCCACACCAUGAUGCAGGCAAAGGUCAUGCUAACAGUGGUGGGGGCACAUCUUCCUGCUGCGCUCUUUAUGCGUCCUGGCUCAACAUGGGUUGAAUUGAGUUGCAAAAGAGUUGUGGAGCAGCAAUGGGGACAAGCGUGGCAUUUUCUCUUUUCUGCUUUGGAUGUGGAAUAUCUCCAGUUGGAUGCACUGGAUUGUCCACAGACUGCUCCCUUGGGGCUGGAUGUGAACCCAUGGAUCCCAGCACAAAAACAUCCAGUUAUGAUGCGACCGAAAGUGUCGUCCCUGUCGUCCCAUGUUGUGCCAAUUUGCCAUGCCGGAAAGUUGUGCAUCUUCCGAGAAAACGUGGCCACUCUGGCGGCCCCCGUGGCCCCCUCCGAAAAUCUGGAGCUCGACGUCAGCUGCUCUGGCGCGGCUGUGCUUGCCAGGCUGUCACCGACAUUUGACCUUCUGACGCUGAUGCGUCGAUGUGUCGAAUGGGGCUCUGAGUGUUUCAGCAUUGAUACGACUGAUGGUGGCAAAAUGUAUCGUCGAAAGGGGGCGGCUUGGAACAAGGUGGCCUGCACAUGGUUUGACAAAGCAUCAGAAACUGCCUACUUGACUGCAUUGCGUUGGCAAACAAACCGCACCAUUGCAGAUAAGCCCAUCGUUGCUCCGCAAGCUGCUGUGGAUAAAAUACGCCGACUGGUACUUGCUCAAGCGGGAAUUCAGCAUUGAAUGCCGCUGAAUGGCUCCAAGCCAUAUGAGAUCAUGCAAUCAACGUUCGAACCUGGGGACUGACUCGGAAGACAUGGCGCGAGGAUUCAACAUGAUUCAACUAUUCUACUCCUUCGUGUUGCUCACCCUGUUGCUUUUCUGAAGGCCCUGCUCUGAAACAACACUGGUACGGCGUGUCAUACCGUGUAGGUCGUCAUACGUCAUACAUCCUCCAGCUCCUACCUUCACCCGUGAAGCCCGUGAAGCCCGUGGAUAAAAA